AUGUCUCACCAGGCACACAACAUUCCUUGGAAUGUAUUCGGCUCCAAUCUCAAAUUCCGCACUAGGGUCCCCUGUGCGGACGACGGAGCUGGUUUACAUUUCCGCUUCAGACCCACGCAGGGCAAGGAGCUCACGCACUUCGUCGACGCCUUUACGCGAAACAUCCACCAGCAUGCAGAUUCAGAGCGCCAGAAAUACCCUGAGGCAUAUGAGGUCUUAAAUUCGGAUGAUAUAGCCCUGGACGAUAGUGUUUCCCGCAAAAUCACGCCCGCAGUACGCCUGUGGCGUUCGGAGAGGCGGGACAAGCUUGGCGAAGUUGACGAGAGCCCAACCCACGAGGUUUGCCAUCAUUCUGAGCCGGACGAAAGAUGUAGCUGCCCUCUUCCAUACAAUCAAAGAAGGAUGGGCUCCUUUCUCCACAAGUAUAGGUUGCCCGACUGUUACAAGUUCUUUGAUGACCACAAGGAUGGUUACAUUGGCCUUGAGGUAUUCAAAACGCUUCUCAUGCACGGUGAGAUGGAUACGCUCCUCAAGAUCUGCGCCCAUCCAGACGUGGGGUUUCCAAGCUGGUGGGAUGCGCAGUUGUGCUUGUGCUACCCACAAGACCUUGGCCGGGAUUACUUGGAGCACGCGCUGGACGCUUACCUUGUGCUAAAUGUGUUUCUGUCGUCCUUCCCCGAAUCAUGGGCCCCUAGCCGCUCCUCCGAUCAAGAUUACCGGCGUACCAGAAUAUAUCAGAUGAUUAUCCUUAGAGUUACCGCAAUAAGGCAGGGAUCCGAGCUGGCCACGCAUCCUCAUCGUCAGUUCUUUGGCAUCGCACGUGGCCAGUUCAACUCACAUUCCGGAUUCAAAUUUCCCAUGACGUCAAAAAGGAAGGACAAAUACUCCGGUACGAACCAGCCAUAUGGCCGUCUGACCUACGAGGAGUUUCUGGAGAGCCAAAAGAUAAUGGGUUUCCUACCCUCAGUGUCCGAUGUCCUGCAUGUGCGCUGGGUUUUAUGCGAGAAGGGUCUUCCAGUAGAAAUAUCACAGCUCAUUCUUGAUACGGCGUUAUACAGACCCCAACGCAGACUGAAAGUACCCCACGACCCUCUUCACCCUGAAAACGUCGAAGAGUUGAACAAGUACCUCAAGUUUUGCUGGCAGGUUCUGGUACGGUCUGAGGUUGUGGCGAGGGAGGUCGGUAUGAAGAUACCAUGGAAGAAUUUGCUUUCCGAAUCAAUUGAGCGAUUACUUGGCUGUUCGUGUAGAAAGUUGCUGCAGUGGGGUGAGCCACCCGAUGAUGACUUGGUGUGGUUCAAAUAG